UACCCCCCAUCCCCAGUCUGAAGAAUGGAGCUUGACAGCGCUCGGGAAAACCCGCCACCGGAGAGCUUUUUCUUGCCUGGAGGGCGAUCUUCCGCCGCUCUCGGAGAGGCUUUCUCCCAGAUACUGCACCGUCUUACCCGCCAGGAGGCCCGACGGGGUAACGGCAGAGAUGCAGUUUUCCAGGACCUCAGUGCUCUGAUCGAAGCUACAGAAUGUGGCAGAUUAUUUGAGUUGAGCGGCGCACCAAUCCACGGAAUGUCCGAGAUGCUGGGGGAGGUGGCAAAAGCCCUGGGGACCUAUGCGGCCCCACCCACGGAAGAGAGCGUUAGAAGUGAUGGUCACUCUGGGGUGUCUGAGAAAGCCGCAGAAGUUGGAUUACUAUUUCUCAAGCUACUCCGAAAGGUUGAAACUGCCAAGAAUUCCCUGGCCUGCCCUGCAUGGAAGACAGGCCUGCAUCACUUGGCAGGACCCGUCUAUAUUUUCGCCAUCACACACAGCCUGGAGCAACCUUGGACCAGCCCAAGAUCUCAGAACGUUGCUGGAGAGGUGCUCUCCUUACUGCUUCGAGUUUCUGACUGUGGUUCCGUGGCAGGGUUUCUCCACGGAGAAAACGGAGACGGGAAAGGGAGAUUUACUGUCAUAAUGGGGCUUCUCAAACCCGAUUUGAAUAAGGAAUCCUGGAAAAAUAACCCUGCCACCAAACAUGUUUUCUCAUGGACUCUGCAACAGGUCACUCGACCCUGGCUGAACCAACAUCUGGAAAGGAUACUUCCCCCAUCAUUGCUUAUCUCAGAUGACUAUCAAACUGAGAAUAAAAUCCUGGGCAUACGCUGCCUCCAUCACAUUGUGCUUAAUGUGCCAGCUGCUGAUUUGCUCCAGUACAACAGGGCGCAGGUCCUGUAUCAUGCCAUUUUCAACCACCUGUACACACCGGAGCACCACCUCAUUCAGGCUGUGCUCCUGUGUCUGCUGGAUUUAUUCCCCAUCCUGGAGAAAGCCGUGCAGUGGAAGGGAGAUAUGGCUAGACCCACCACGCAGUGUGAUGAGGUCCUGCAACUGAUCCUGACCCACAUGGAACCAGAGCACCGCCUUCUCUUACGCAGGACCUAUGCAAGAAACCUACCAGCUUUCGUGAAGAGGUUGGGGAUCCUAACUGUCCGGCACUUGAAGAGACUGGAGCGAGUCAUCAUUGGUUAUCUGGAGGUUUAUGAUGGACCAGAGGAGGAGGCGAGAUUGAAAAUACUGGAGACCCUAAAACUUCUUAUCCAGCAUACUUGGCCCAGGGUUUCCUGCAGACUUGUGGUCUUACUGAAGGCUCUCCUGAAACUGAUCUGUGAUGUAGCAAGGGACCCAAACCUGACACCUGAGCCUGUGAAGACCGCCUUGUUAGAGGAGGCCACAGACUGCCUUAUUCUCUUGGACCACAGCUCACAAGGGCGAGUGAUGGGUCUCCUGGCCACAAUUCCCCAAAGCUGUGAAGAUGGCACGGUGGUGAACUGUAUCAGAGAAGUGCAGCAGGCUUCUGAAGGCGCUGACUACCAUGGAACUAAGCCUUGUGUUACUUAACCCAACGAUGAAAAGAUUUUCUGUCUGUCUCAGAUUGUAUGAAUGGCGCUGUUUAUGGAAAAAGGUAUUUUUACACCAAGCGCUGUUAAGUUAGAUCUUUUUAUUUCCUUUUGCCCCCAUGAGAGUGGGGAGAGGAGGGCGAGAAAAGACUGAAGUCCUGCCAUUUCUAAAGGAAAGUCU